GCGCGAGCUGCGAGCAGCGGCCGCCCGCCGGGCCAACAGUCUAAGCUAGAGCAAGGCAGGGCACACCGUCCCCCCACCUAACCCUGGGCACCCUUGUACAUGUGUGAACUGACUUUCUUGCCCACCAGCCCCCCAUAACCUUUAGUUCCACCUUCUAAACCCAUAAAAAUGGAAACAGACUUAAAAAUGAAUUUCGCUAAUGAUGAUCCCAAUGUCACUCUUACUAUUCGACUGAUCAUGCAAGGAAAGGAAGUGGGGAGCAUCAUUGGGAAAAAAGGAGAAAUUGUUAAAAGAUUUAGAGAAGAGUCAGGAGCAAAAAUUAACAUAUCAGAUGGUUCUUGCCCUGAGCGUAUAGUAACAGUAACAGGCCCAACACAAUCAAUCUAUAAGGCAUUUACUUUAAUUUGCAAGAAAUUCGAAGAAUUUGUUCACCAAUUUCAAGAGAUGCAGAAUGGUAGUGGAGGUGGAGCUAGAUCACCAAUAACUUUAAGGUUGAUAGUCCCGGCAUCACAAUGUGGUUCCCUUAUCGGCAAGGGAGGCUCAAAAAUUAAAGAGAUAAGAGAAGUCACUGGCGCAUCUAUACAAGUAGCUUCAGAUAUGCUCCCGAAUUCUACAGAACGCGCUGUCACAAUUACAGGAACCUCAGAUGCUAUUACUCAAUGCAUCUAUCAUAUCUGCCAAGUAAUGUUAGAGUCUCCUCCAAAAGGAGCCACAAUUCCUUAUCGACCAAAGCCUCAGGUUGCUGCUCCAGUGAUCCUGGCCGGAGGUCAGGCCUAUACUAUACAGGGUAAUUACGCCGUUCCAGCUGGUCCGACAGGAGAGAUGGGCAAAAUGGGAGGUAGCCCACUUGCAGGUCUUGCUGCUCUUGGUCUUGGUGGUCUUAACUCAAACACAGGAGGUCUUAAUCCAGCAGCAUUAGCAGCUUUGGCUGGCAGUCAGCUGCGGACCAAUACCCCCAACAGCAGAAAUCAGCCCAAUGGCGGUCAACAGACACACGAAAUGACUGUGCCGAAUGACCUCAUUGGCUGUAUAAUAGGAAAAGGUGGAACUAAAAUUGCUGAAAUUAGGCAAAUUAGUGGUGCCAUGAUUAGAAUAAGUAAUUGCGAAGAAAGGGAAGGUGGUUCUACAGACAGGACAAUCACAAUCAGUGGAAGCCCUGAUUCAGUUGCUCUAGCACAAUAUCUGAUCAACAUGAGUGUGGAGCUGCAGAAAGCUAACUUGGAAGGUGCUAGCGGAGGCAGCGGCGGAGGAAGCGGUAGCGGGGGUGGGGGUAACGGGGGCCCAUCGCCAGUUGGGGCAGCGCUCCCCCUGGCCCAGCUGCUUGCAAAGCCAGGAGCGCUCAAUGCCCUCACCUCCCUCACGGCUCUGUCUGGCUUGACCGACUUGCUUGGGGGGCUCGCCGGUGCUACAGCCGGCCCUAUACAGACCACUGGUGUCCACCGUACCAAAGGAGGAUUCGCUCCUCGACUUCGUUCUCCUGGUGCACCCCCAGACAAGCCCAAGCCAGACAGAAAUAAGUUUGCUCCAUAUUAGUUAACGUUUUUUUCCUUUUAUCUUCAAAAAGUUCAAAUAUUUCCCCUAUAUUAAAAAUUAUUGAUUUUUAUAUAGUAGUUGUUAAUUUUAAUUUAAUCAUAGUUUUUAACUAUUAAUGUAAGAUUUUUUUUUAUUUGUAUUCUUUUUUUUUCUUUUAUAUAUAUGUAACGAAUAUGAAUAUUUACUUUCAUAAAAAAAAUUUGAAAUUUCAGACCACUCUUAUUAUACAAUUGUUUUAUUGCUGAAUUAAGAAAUGGAUAAAAUAUUUAUUUGUUUAAAAUUCCCAUUGAAUGUUUGUUGUUUUAAGAUUCCUUUUUAAUGGAUUUGUAUGAAAGACUAUUAUACAUAAAUUUUCUUAUAAGCAAGAAUUAUUUGUAGACAUUAAUUUUUAUGACACCACGUUAUAUCUGAAUGUUAUAGACUUGUAGUUUUGCUUGAUGUACAAUUAAAAUGAUAACAAAAUA